AAUACAUUGCUUGAGUGAACAACGCUGAUUUUCAUCACGUUUUUCACUUUUUUGAUGAGAUAAAACGAUUUCUCCUACUAAAUACUGCAUAAUGGAUGCCACCGGACAUGCAUCCCAACCUAGAAUCAAGACCAGAUUCCUCAUCCUGUCUGAUACCCAUGGUAUGGACAUCCCCACCGAAUACAUCGACCAACCCGACAUCGACGUAGCCAUACACUGUGGCGACCUGACUGCAGAGCUACACGAAUACCACUCCGCCAUUCAACUGCUGCAGACGAUCCACGCCCCCCUCAAACUAGUUAUUGCCGGGAACCACGACAUCAGCCUGGACGAGCCCUGCUUCCGGCAGAAAGUAGCGGAUGCAAGAUCGCUGGACAUUGACCCACGCCAGAUCCGAGCAGAAUUCGGCGACUACGGGCAAGCCAGAGCCCUAUUCGACGAAACAGCCGGCAUCAGCUUCCUGGACGAGGGAACCCACCGAUUUGCCCUAGCGAACGGGGCCUCUCUAACCUCCCAGGGCCAUGAGUUCGCCAUCCCGAACUCAUCAGUGGACGUGGUCCUCACCCAUGGCCCGCCCAGAGGCAUCCUGGACAUUGCGUCCUCGGGUUCCCGGACCGGCUGUCAUUGUCUGUUCGAGGCCAUCGCUUGGUCUCGGCCUCGCUUGCAUUGCUUUGGCCAUAUCCAUGAGGCUUGGGGCGCCAAAUUGGUGACCUGGCGGAAGACGCUCAGUGAGACGCCCAACCAUUUUGCGGAUAUUGAUCAUGGGAAGUCGUCGGUGGUUGCGACACUGGCUACGAUGGCUUGGGCACAGGCUGACCAAGAUGUGCAUGAUGCCGGGUCCUUUUGCUGUCACACGAGUCAUUGCGCCGGUGAUCCGAACCCACUUCGACGUGGCUUGCAGACGCUGUUUGUGAAUGCUGCGGUGGAAGGCUUGGGGGAGGUUCCGAUCCAGUUGCCGUGGUUGGUUGAUAUUGAGCUGGAUCCUGUGUGAGCCUCGAGGUGAUGUGGAUAUUCUACUGGUACUAUUGACACUGUAUAUACGAGUGGGACUGAAGCUGAGAUAGUGUGGAUGGGUGGAUGGGGAGAGAGGGGAAUAGGGAUGGGUCGUUUUUGUUGAUAUCUCUUGAUCUACUGGAGUACGGAGUAGACCGCUACUGACAGAUGAACGAAUGGGACU